AAUCAUGAUAUUUGAAUGAUCUCCAAAGUAGCACAACAGAAGAACCUGGACGGAUAUGUGGGCUUCGCGAACCUCCCCAACCAAGUUUACAGAAAGUCCGUGAAGAGAGGCUUCGAGUUCACACUAAUGGUUGUGGGAGAAUCAGGGCUGGGGAAGUCGACGCUCAUCAACUCACUGUUCCUCACAGAUCUCUACUCAGCAGAGUAUCCUGGACCUUCUCACAGAAUCAAGAAGACCGUGCAGGUGGAACAGUCCAAGGUGCUGGUAAAAGAGGGGGGAGUGCAGCUGCUGCUCACCAUCGUGGACACACCGGGAUUCGGAGAUGCCGUAGACAACAGUAACUGCUGGCAACCGGUGAUCGAUCACAUCGAUAGUAAGUUUGAGGAUUACCUCAACUCAGAGUCGCGCGUCAACAGGAGGCAGAUGCCUGACAAUAGAGUGCAUUGCUGCUUGUACUUCAUCGCCCCCUCUGGACACGGACUGAAGCCGCUGGACAUCGAGUUCAUGAAGCGGUUACACGAAAAAGUCAACAUCAUCCCGCUCAUCGCCAAAGCAGACACACUGACUCCUGAGGAGUGCCAGCAGUUCAAGAAGCAGAUAAUGCGAGAAAUCCAGGAGCACAAAAUCAAAAUCUACGAGUUUCCCGAAACGGACGAUGAAGAGGAGAACAAGCUGGUGAAGAAGAUCAAGGAUCGGCUGCCGCUGGCCGUCGUCGGCAGCAACACCAUCAUCGAGGUGAACGGGAAGCGUGUCAGAGGGAGGCAGUACCCCUGGGGUGUGGCUGAAGUCGAGAACGGAGAGCACUGUGACUUCACGAUCUUACGAAACAUGCUCAUCAGAACCCACAUGCAGGACCUGAAGGAUGUGACUAACAACGUUCACUACGAGAACUACCGCAGCAGGAAGCUGGCCGCCGUCACCUACAACGGAGCGGACAACAACAAGAGCAAAGGCCAGCUCACUAAAUUUGAGACAGUUGAUGGCAUGAGUCCCCUGGCUCAGAUGGAGGAGGAGAGGAGAGAGCAUGUGGCUAAGAUGAAGAAGAUGGAGAUGGAGAUGGAGCAGGUGUUUGAGAUGAAGGUGAAGGAGAAGCUGCAGAAGCUGAAAGACUCAGAGACGGAGCUGCAGCGGCGUCAUGAGCAGAUGAAGAAGAACCUGGAGGCUCAGCAUAAAGAGCUGGAGGAGAAGAGGAGGCAGUUUGAGGAGGAGAAGGUCAGCUGGGAGGCUCAGCAACGCCUGGUGGAGCAGCAGAAACUCGACGCUUCAAGGACUUUGGAGAAAAACAAGAAGAAGAAGAUCUUUUAAAGUGUUUCAACCACCAUGAUAUGAUGUACCAGUUGCCAACGAUGCCAGCCUGGACUGUCUGUCGGUCACAUAUAACGAAAUACCCCCAUCCUCUCUCUCUCUCUCUUUCUGUGUGUGGGUGAUCUCACAUGGUCACCAUUCAGCAUGAUGAUUAGUGACCGCUCCGUUGCGGGGCUGAGCAGUAUGACAGAAACAUUAAAGAUCACACGACUCGGAGACUUUAACAGCAGAUUAAAGAAGAGUUUAACGUUUGCUGUAAAACUCAGUGCCGUAAAACAACCGUACUCUCAAAACAGCGCAUCGUGUCUGUUGACAUAAUGACCUUAUCAUGAUGUCAUCAUAUUGCCCAGCCCCUUUCUUUCCACUCUUUAGCAAUGUGUAUUCUCUCUCUCUCUCUCUCUCUCUCUCUCCCCCUCUCUCUUUCUUUCUCCCUCUCUCUCUCUCCCCCCCUCUCUCUUUCUCUCUCUUUCUCUUGCCCCCCCUCUCUCUUUCUCUCUCUUUCUCUCCCCCCCUCUCUCUUUCUCUCUCUUUCUCUCGCCCCCCCUCUCUCUUUCUCUCUCUUUCUCCCCCCCCCCCCUCUCUUUCUCUGUCUUUCUCCCCCCCCCCCCCUCUCCCAGACAGACUCGUAAUCCAAACCGACCAUAAGGCUGCAGUACACCUCAGGCCAUUUAUUCAUUUUGUUAAUUUUUUUAAAAAUAAAAAAAAUAAAAUAAAAAAUUAUGUGGCUUUUUUUUUUCUUUUUCUUUUUUUGUCUCGCUAAGAAAUGUUAAACUCUUCCAUUUUGUGUAAUUUAAGUUAUCUAGCCUCGGAUCACAUCGUAUACCUUUUUGUUUUUGUUUGUCGUCGUCGUUUGUGUAACAUUUCAGUUACUUUUGUUUACUGCGUCGUCUUAUAUUAUCCACCCCUCUACAGCGAUCAGAAACGGAGACGCUGCUUUAAUCCAACUUGAUCGACGUGUAGUGAUCUGGACAAGCGUUCCAAUCCUCAUGGACUCGUUUACACCCUGAGUUAAAGAGCAGAUCUGCUAGGGGUCAGGGUUCAGGCGGGUGUGAUCAGACCGGGUCCCAUCAGAGUGGCCUGUUUAAAACUUCACAAAGUUCUCUGGAGCAAUAUAUUUAGAAAGCUCUCUUUCUCUCUCUCUCUCUCUCUCUCUCUCUCUCUCUCUCCUUUUCUCUCUCUCUUUCUCUCUCUCUCUCUCUCUCUCUCUCUCUCUCACACACUAAACAC